AUGGAUUUGCCCUCUACAUCAUCUCAAGGGGGUGGUAAUGAAGUUGUUCGUUCGAACACGGUUCUUAAGAAAACUAAACUCGUUCGAGGUAUAAAGAGUCUGUUAUAUUCACUCGUCUACGAUCGUAAAGGGAAGAGUCUCGAGAAAGGGCCCGGAAUAGAUUUGUUUAUCGAGCAAAUAAUCGAUGGUAAAUGCGAUGAAAGUCUAUCUACACUGCUUGAUAUUUGUAAACAUGUCGACAAGAAAUCAUUGCUUAUAUUGGAGCACAAAUUUUACGAGAAAGUCAAAGAAGCUUGUACGGCUCUCGGGCUCGAGAUCGCAGAAAUAGUUCGUAAGCUCUCUAUUUUGACUGUAUCCCCAUCGCAGAAUUUUUGUAGUCAACAAUCGAUAUUCGGGCCUCGCAGGAAAGUAUUAGACAAAAUGCGAGAUUUGCUUAUAGAAGUAUGCAGAAUGUACAUGGCCAGGGAUAUAACAUUGGUCACUAAUCAUCAACGUGGCGGGGAAGAGGCUCCUUACAGAAUUAUACAGAAAUUAAGGGGAGACAUGGGUGAAGUGUGGUUCUUGAAAUUUUCUCACAAUGGGAAAUACUUGGCUGCAUCAACCAGUUCUAGAGUGUGGCGGGUUUUCGGUUCCGAGUAA